GAUCCAAAAGUUCCAAAUAGUACAGAGAAAAAAAAAACGAAAAGAAAAAAAAUAAGUUCAGGGUUGAGAUACGCAUAGAGUGGCGCAUCUUGGUGCUUGCAGCGUCGCGAGGUAGCGGCGGCGAACAAUUUCCGACUACCGUCAAUAGAGCUAUUUCUCAAUUGACGAACAAAACACUUAUCGCUUGGAUUGAGUUUACUGCUGGUGAAAACGGUAACAGUGCGUAACAAGAUCGAAACGAAGAGGGAUGGGAAGGAGAAUAUUGAAUGAUGCGUUGAGAAGUAUGGUGAAUGCGGAGAAGAGAGGGAAAACUUUGGUGGAGCUCAACCCUAUUUCCACCGUCAUUUCUUCCUUUCUCCAAAUUAUGAAACACCGCGGAUAUAUCAAGGACUUUCAGGUGUAUGAUCCCCAUAGAGUGGGGAGGAUCACAGUUGAACUACAAGGUAGAAUUAACGAUUGUAAGGCUCUUACAUACCGACAAGACCUGAAGGCAAAGGAUAUUGAAGCUUACAGAUUGCGCACCCUUCCAACACAUCAGUGGGGCUAUGUUGUGAUUACAACUCCUGAUGGUGUUCUGGAUCAUGAAGAGGCCAUGAAAAGGAAUGUAGGUGGUCAGGUUCUUGGUUAUUUUCAUUAAAAGUGUCCUUUAUCUUGUUAUUUUGGUCAGCCACUGUGUUCAGCUAAGUUUCCUGAUAAACUUUCAAUACAUUUGAUGAAAGAAUGUAUUAUUUAGCAAAGGAGGUUUCUUUAUUGUUGCUUUGUCAUGAAUGAAUUUUAUUGUGGCAGUUAAUGCCCGAUGAGCAUGAUGUAUUGGAUCUCAUGCUUUGUGGAAAUUAGCCAUGUCUUUGUUAAAUAAUAGACUAGACUUGAACGGAUAUUUGUAUCAUCUUAGUUCGUAAUCCACUUUAAAUACUGAGUGGCACAUGUGUAAUCCUCCGUAGUUUUAAUCAAGUUCAACCAUUAUGCACUGGUUUUCUUA